UUGUUGGUCAGUCUGAAAAGCUGUGAUGAGAGUUUUAAUAAUGGCGUGGCCGUGGCGGGGGACUGCCGGUCUCUGCCCGAGUCCAGCAUCAGAAAACCACCUGUAAACACCGACUUGGAGCUUACCGACGGUUUGAAAAGUAAUUUAAUGGGCGUUAAAAUGACGCCGGACAGAGUAAAUCUCCGCUAAGAGCCUGCUCUACAAACUGUGAAACUACUGGCUUGUCGCUGGAAGCGCUUUGCCAUGUCGUUACUGUGUGUCAGAGUGAAAAAAGCCAAGCUCCAAGGACCUCCAGACAAGUUCAACACCUACGUGACACUGAAGGUGCAGAAUGUCAAAAGCACGACUAUCACUGUUCGAGGGGACCAGCCCUGCUGGGAACAGGAUUUCAUGUUUGAGAUCAACCGGCUGGACCUCGGCCUCAUUGUUGAGGUGUGGAACAAAGGUCUCAUCUGGGACACCAUGGUGGGGACAGCCUGGAUUCCUCUAAAAAGUAUCCAACAGUCAGAGGAGGAGGGCUCAGGUGACUGGAUCUUUCUGGAUGCAGAGGUCCUGAUGAAGGCGGAUGAGAUAUAUGGCACCAAGAACCCGACACCUCACAGAGUCCUACUGGAUACUCGCUUCGAGCUGCCUUUUGACAUCCCAGAUGAUGAGGCUCAGUACUGGACAGGCAAGCUGGUACGCAUCAAUACCAUGGGAAUUGAUGAUGAGUACACUCUUCAGGAUGACGUUCAGAGUCGCCCACUGCCAUUUGCGGCCUCCCAGUGCUGCAACUAUUUCGGAUGGGCUGACCCACUGACUCUGGAUGACCAGGACAGUGCUGUAGAUGACCGGGAUAGUGAUUACCGCAGUGAGACGAGUAACAGCCUGCCUCCGCGUUACCACACAACGGCUCAGCCUAACUCCUCGAUGCACCAGUAUCCCAUGGGGCCUCGGCAGCAGCACCACCCAGACUCCUGCACAGACUCUGUCCACAGUUUUGACCUCGACUACAGGGACCAGAGAGGAACCAGAUCAUUAAACCAGAAAGGAAGGGUCAGAAUUAUACCUGUAGAUUCUGGCAUGGGGGUUGAAGAUUGGGAAAACAAAUACAAAGGGCAGGGCAAGCCUCAGCUGAGUGACAUCUUAGAUGAUGAAGAAGACAAUGUUAUCCUUCGAAUGGGAAGACCCUACCCUGAGCCAUCACACACCUCUAUCCGUCAAAGUACUCAACGUAGUGGUUUUCUGCCUGCUACCUAUCCUGAGGGCUAUGACACUAUUGAUCGGCGGCGAAAGAAAAAGAUAAGGGACCCAGGAGGGUUACUCAGUACAGAGACAGACAAAAUGAGAGAAGAGGCUUUUCCUUCUGACCUUGCACUGCUCCGUGAGAAGAGAGGGGAGCUGUUUAUGCGGCAGGUAGCGGAGAUGCAGGAAGAGGAGGAACGUAUGACAUCAUGCCUCAGGCCAUAUAAGAAUGGGCUUCUCUACAAGACAAGAAUGUGGGCUAAAAAUGAGCUGGACCACACUUUGGAGAAUUAUGUGGCAUACAAAAAAGAGCAAGAUGCUAGAAUGAGGGCACAGUUUGAUUUUGAUUUACAGAGUUCUGAGGAUCUGCAAUACUCCAUUGGAGCAGAGGAGGAUAUUGAUGAUAUUGCCUUUAUAGGAGAAGACUUUCACCCAGACAACACAAGACAUUACAAAGACCAGUAUUCCUUCUCAUAUGAGGGCCACAUAGAAAAUACUCAGGGUCUUCGAGAGAAGAAAUGUGGAAAAGCUGGAAAAAUUGGAGGAUGGGCUACUGAGGCAAUGCUCUCUCCUGUAGAAGAACCAAGUGAUGAAUAUGUAGACCCUAUGGAUGAGCUCCAGUGUCUAGUUGAAACUGUUUCUGAAUACCUUGCUGAAAAAGAGGAGGAAAUUAGCAAAUAUGGUUCCCUUCCUAAAUCAAGCAAAUCUAGGUUAUCAUCUCAGGGUAGCAAUAGAACUGAUUCUUUUGGAGAGGACCAAAAUAGUUCAUUAAUUGAUCCUAAAGAAACUCAAUCACACAUUCCGUCUGACCAGAGCAUUUCAGGAGUAAAAAAUACCAUUGGCUCAUUAUUUAGUUCUCUCACUGACCGAGUUGGAGGAGGCCCUAAACAGCCUGCCCCGUCUCCACAAGCACCAUCUGCACAACCCUCACAAUCUGGAUUUACCAAACUGUUAUCCUUUAUUCCUAAAUCAAAUAGCUCAGCUCCUGUAGCUGUUGUAUCGCCAGUAGAAAAUUCUCCUGAAAAAUCAUUGAGUUCUUUGCCUUCUCAGCCUCAACGUGAUGCCAAGACACCAGGUCAUAAUCAAGAAACAAAAGCUCCCACAAGGAAUCAGAUUCAAGCAAGUACAAAGGAAUAUGUACCUGAGUUAGUAACCAAACCUCAAAGUGCUCCAGGAAACUCAGUGUUGGGGAAAUUGAAUCCUUUAAAGCUUUUUUCAGCAGGAGAUAAUGGGAACUCAGCUGAAUACAAACAGGAACCAGAGUCCUCCAAUUCUCAAGGCCAUACACAGCUGGAUGAGAAAUGGGAUGAGAAACGUGUUCAUCAAGGUAAACCGUCGAUGACAGCAGAAGAAGGUAGGAAAUCAGAUAAAUUAAGAAGUCCAUCACAAGAGAACCAUGUGGGACAAAAACAAGAUGGAAAUAUGUAUGGCAGACAAAAUCAGAGGAUUUACAAACAAGAUAAUGUGCCUGUUCCAGGGCCAGUGAGGCCGACGGGCCAAACGCAAUCAGCAAACACUGGAUUCUUUAGCCCUUUUAGGAAGUCAUUAAAUUCAUUGAUCACACCUGUUGUCCCUGUCCCACCCCAAGGAGCUCCACCUUUGGCAGUUUAUCCAGUGUUUAGAUCCACAGAGGAUCCUCAACUAGAGAAACCAGUGGAGGACCCAUCAUUAAGUAGUAAGCUUAAACUGCCUUUCCUCUCCUCUGAAAAUGUUUCCACUCAGCAAUGUCCCAAAGCAGAGGGAGGCCUGCUCUCUGGUUUGUUAAAGUUAACAUCCAGUGAAGAUGUUAGUACUUCCAUGAACACACAGAGUCAUGUGCAAUCACGUCAUGAUUCAUCUUCAACAACCUCCACUACCUUGACACAGGAUUCUGCUGUGCCCCAGGAAAACACUGAGAAAGGAUGGUUUUCCAGCAUAUUUAACCCUACCUCUACUCCCUCUGGUUCAAACCAGAAUUCUACUAGUAAUCAGCAGUCUCAGAACAGCAAGGUGCCAUCUGAUGCACAACAUAUAUCAAAUCAGAAACCAACAGCUGCCCAUCAUGGAAUGUUGCACCAAGCUCCCAGUCAGCCUGAAUCACAAAGUUUUUUGACAGGUCUUUUUAAAGGGAACUCGACUGAGGACAUCUCACACAUGGGCUCUAAUAAACCCAAACAAGGAGGACUGCUAUCUGGACUUCUUAAAUUUGGCUCUACAAAUGACCUAUCUGGCACUUUACCACAGCAAGCUUCCCAUAACAAUCAACCACCCAGGAGCAGCAACGCCCCACAGUUUCCUCAUCACCCUCCCCCACAACAACAACAUUUGAAGUUUUCAUCAACAGAAAAUAUACCACAAAAUAUACAGCCUUCUGUAGCUGAAAAGCAGAGGAACAUCCCUGGUAAUUAUUCAGGUCAGCAGCAGACUUCAGAUGAAACUCAAACACAGUCUCAGCAAAAGGGGCUGUUGUCUGGCUUUCUUAAAUUUGCAUCCUCUGAGAAAAUUUCAAGCAGCCAAACCGUUCAGCACAAUCAAAGCAUUGUUCAACAUAAUCAAGAGAAUUUCAACCAACAGAGUACUCAAGGUCCAAAUCGAGGGCCUCAUUUCAGGAAUAAACUAUCAAGUCAGCAAGUUGUCCAACAGGAGACAAGUAAAGGCUUUAUUCGACAACACACGGUUCCACUUCAGCAAUCACCAUCUCAACAAGGUGGUCUUUUAUCUGGUCUUUUUAAAUUUGCUUCAGCAGACAACAUAAACACACAACAGCACCCAUCAGCUGAACAGCACAGAAUUACCCCAAGUAAAUCAAGUCAUGAACAAACAAGAGCAAGGAAUAACCCAAUCUCCAAUGAAAAUCAACCACAAAAUGGCUCAACACAAAAAACAGCUCAAGCAAGUGGUCUACUCUCUGGACUAUUCAAAUCCUCCUCCGAAAAUAUGGCUCAACAACAGCAGCCCAAAAUCAUCCAUGAGACACAACAACAAAUACAAAUUUCAAGCAGCCAGACUGCCGAAGUAGAACUUGAGACAGCAAGUCAACCUGGAGUACUCUCAGGGUUGUUUAACAAAUUAACAAAAACAUCUGAAAAUACUGACCCCAUCUGCCAGACAUCAACAGGACAAUCACUGCACCAGAAAGCCAAUAAUUAUACAGUCACAAUAAAGACCCCACUUCAAACACAGUUACACACUAAUGUAACCUCUCAAGAACAUGCAGCAAAGGAGAAGGGGAUUCCUCGAACUGCCCAGCAAGGGUUUUUAUCUGGACUGUUUAGCAAAAAUGUAACUGAGGACACGUCUACUCCUAAACAAGUAGAAACGUCAUGUCAGAAUACACAACAACAUACACCCUUAACUCAGAAUAUAGAACAGACGCUCUCAACUAAGUUUGCAGAUUUACCUUUGGGCAUGUUAAAAAGUGCUUCCUCACACUUAGGAAAGGAGAGCUGUCAAAGAGUUGUUUCAGAUUCUCUUAAUCCAGGACAGAGCAGACACACUUUAAUCGGUGCACCUGCAUCAAUUGAUACUGAGAGUUUAGACUUAAGAACAUCAGCUACUUUUGCAAGAUCUCUUCAGAGUCAGGCAACAUACUCCUCAGUUAGCACAGGAAAUUUAUCUCAGUUAUAUUAUUCUGGCUCACUUCAAUCAGUUCACCCAAUGGCUUAUAGUACAGGAAAUAUUAAUUCCCUUUUACAAAACCAUGCAACUUCUUCAGUAAUGACCACGCAGCAAUGUAUUGGCGGGAGCAAUUCCUCUUUGUAUGGAGCUACAAGGCAAAAUCUUUACCAAGGUCAGUUGUCUCCUUAUGGUAUGAGUCCCUCUUAUGAUGAAAACCAGUGGAUUCGUGAAAGUGCUCUAUGGCAGCAGUUUCAGAAUGAGUCACUAAAUUAUCAAUUCCAGGGAGGGGAUCAAGUGUAUAACCAGAGUUGUGAAGCUGCCUCAUUACAGGGAUCUGCUCUUUGUGGCAGCUCAUAUCAGCCAUUUAACUCCUCUACACCAUGGCAAGGUGUUUGUCAUCAAGAGCAAAUUGGACCAUAUCAGCUGGAAAGACGCACAAAUGAUCCGUAUCCCAAGAGGAAAUUAUGGAAUAGUUAUGAAGACUUGGGAAACAUAGAAUAUUCAUCUAAUGAAGAGGGUGCAUUGAACUUAACUACUCAACAGAGUAAUUCAAAGUUUGGGAAAUGGCACUCUUUCAAUGAUGGUAGCACUUACAGCUUGAAUGGGGUUUCAUAUCAUGAAGGCUAUUACGAGGAGACUGCACCAAGCUUAUCUUAUUCGGCUAACUGGCAAUAUGAAAUGGACAAUGCAGUCCUACAAGAUUUUCAUACAGAUGGCAUGAUCCAUCAAAGUCAGUUUAAUUUAAAUAGACCACUAAAUUCAAACUAUCCUCCAAGUGCCAAAACUGAGACGGAAGACUCCCUGUACCUCGAAGACACUGAAUGGUAUCAGCAGUGGCUUGCACUUUUGGAACAAGGAAUGUGGUGGCCAGCAGAAGAUGGUGACUGUGGCUACUUUGUUUAUACAGAUCAUGAGUACAUUUAUGCCUUGCUUACAGAUGCAGCAGGUGAAUAUGUGUAUGCGUGUGGCCCUGAAGGCGAGCCUUGGGGAAAUGCACAGAAAUUAGAUGGUUUUCCCAGUGCUUGGCUGCACAAUGAAACGGUUUGUGUCUGUGGCUUUAAAAUUCCACUUUACAAUGAGGAUGAGCUUCUUUGGCUACCUGGUCAAGAUCACUGUGAUUCUCAACUUCUUAAUGCCCCCCUAGAUUUGUCUGCUGCCUAUAGAAAAGGAAAUCAGAUUAUGAAUUUGAAUCUUGAGCAGUUCUCUCAAAUGUUUGAAAAUUCAUUUCUGUCACAAGGGCAACAAGGUGUAGAUUUCACAUCUUACAGAUUAAACAAAGUCCGGAUGGAUCCAAGACAGUCCAGUUACGUCUAUGAAGACCAAUGCAAAGAUGUUAUUGACCUUUCCUGUCAUAACAAAGACCACAUUGGCCCUUAUUGGAACAACCAGGAAAUGAAAUCAUUUCUUGCGCAAAAGGUUGCUGUUUCCCUGAACUCCACUGCUACUGCGAAUUUGAGUCAGCAGGUACUUUACAACUGUUACCAACCUAGCCAACGGCGGCGUUCAUCCACGGGGGUUACAGUAAAGCAUGUAGAUGAUGUAUUGGAGGAAGAAUGGAGGAAGAGAGUGUCUCCAGGAGAAGAACAACCUAAUCGUCAAACUAAAAAGGUUUCCUCUCUCAUAUCCUCUUUUGUGGGCAAAACAUCACAAGUGGAAUUAAACAAAACUAGCAUAUCGUCUGGUGAUCGAAGCGCUGACAAAAAUUCGAAAAACAUUCUUUCAUCAGGUUUCCAAAGUCUGAAGUCGAAGAUAAUCAAAGAAGAACCCACUGUUGUUGUAACACCGCCAGAAAGUGUUAAACAACAAAUGCAGAGACCAGCUACCACGCAGGGAAGAAUUUUGCCCACAAUACCAACAACUGCUCAAGUGACUCAUCCCUCAAUACAAUCCCAUACAACUUCACAGAAACCAAGACUUUCACGUCAGGCUACCAUGGUACAACAAGUAACCCCACCACCACAGCCCAAUGUCACAGUGCCUUUAGGAUCAAAAGAAUCUCCUGUUAAACCUGGAACACCUGGACAACUUGCAUCUGACAAGCCUGUGGAUAUAUCAGUGGAAAAACCUUCUGAACAACCACAGCCAGGCAUCAUGAACUUUCUGAAAUCUGCAGUAGGAAUAGAUGAACCAAAGCCAGAUCCCCAGAAAUGUUCUCAGACAUCUCCUAAUCAGCAGAGCAAAACUGGCAGCACUGCUUCCUUACCAGGAAGUGCCUCUUCAAAUAAAGAGACUGCAGGAGUUUCAAAUCUCUUUGGAUCAAUUAGCAGCCUAUUUAGUACUGAGCCCUCUCCACCACAGAAACAGCAAAUGAAAUCUAGUGUUACAGAGGGUUCACUGACAUCAGCAUCUAAAGCUAAGGGUAUACAGAGACAACGAACAAUGGACCAAAGUGGUACCUCUCGGUCCACACAAAGCCAACCCCCAAACAAAAGUAUAUCUCAAGCAUUUCCCAAUUCUUCCACAGGCCCUGCCACGAGCCAAUCAGAAACUAUACGACCAACAGAACAAACUAAACAUGACGGAGGAACUAAAUCAUCUGGUGGACUGUUUGGAUUUUCAAUUGGAGAAAUGCUGGCAGGAUCAACAGCAGCUGCCCAAUCUGGACCUACACCUCAACCCCCUGCAUCAGCUACAGCUCCACAAGAAGAAUCACUUGGUAAAAGUAUAUUAUCAAUGUUUAGUGGGCCAAAUCCUCCACAGCCUUCACCUAAUACUGGGCCCUUGCCUCAGGCAUAUCCAUCAAGUGGAGCUCCACAAACUCCUCAACAGGAAUCUCUUGGUAAAAGUUUAUUGUCAAUGUUUGGAGGAUCAAGUCCUCCUCAGCCUCCUCCUCAAACCAAGCCUGCUGCCGAGGUACCACAACAGGGAAAUGUUCCUCCAAAAGAGCCCACAAAUACAGGAUUCCUUUCCAUGUUUGGUGGUCCCAGCCCUCAACAGUCCCAAUCCCAAACAGGAUCUCUUCUAGGGGGGAUUCUGCCUGGGUCAUCAAGCUCAACUGAAAGCCCAAUGAAGGGACUGUUGUCAAUGUUUAGUGAUCCCAGUCCUCCACAACCUCAGCCACCAACAUCGUUAUCUCAACAAAGAGUAGCUCAAUCCCAAACUCAACUGGAAGGGGAACCUCAGAUACAAUCUAAACCACAAGCACAACCUCAAGCACAAGGGCAGCCAGCCACCUCUGUUCUUGGGGGAAUAUUGGGUGGCUUGUCUACCUCUAGUGAAAGUCCAAGAAAAGCUUUAUUCUCUAUGUUUAGUAGCCCCAGUGCUCCUCAAACAACAGGGGCUGGUGGAAGUACAAAUUUGUCUUCUUCCCCAGGGACAACAGCACCCAAAGAACCUGCAAAGAGUAUACUGUCUGUAUUUAAUGAUGUUGUGUCACCUCCACAACAAAUUCCCAAUUCAUCAUCUGCUACUAAAGAGCCACCAACUACUUCUUUACAACAGGGUUCUUCCCAAACACCAUCUGUUUCCAGUAGCCAUGUCCCAGUGACAGCAUCUACCAGUGAUACAUCAAGUGAAGUACAUAUCGGCCGAUCCACUGAUACUAUUACUGAUGCUACUACUCUAGAUACAACACCAAAUACAGAAUGUGUCACUGUGCAAAAGGAAGGAAGCACAGAAGGUGCAUCCCAGGACCCUGCUCCCUCUAAAGAACCACCAGCUCCUGGCCUUUUGUCUAUGAUCAGUGGAUCAGGCCCACAGAUUCCAUCCCCACAAGCCGGAUUCAUUUCAGAUAGUCCAGCAAAAGGUUUGCUUUCAUUAUUUUCUGGGCCCAGCACUGUAGGUCCUUCACCUGCAGGGUCUGCACCUGGAUCAUCAGGCCCAAAGGAUGCACCAGCCAAAAGUUUGUUCUCUGUGUUUGGAGGUUCUACCCCUCAACCCUCUUCCCAGCCUGGAAGUUCUCUAUUAGGAUCCAUGUUUGGAGGCUCUUCACCCCAGACAACAGCUUCUCAAACAGGGGGAUCAUUACUGGGUGGUUUAUUUGGGGGGCCUGCUGCUCAAGCUGCUCCUCAAGUUGGCCCCACUAAGGUUGGAGGCUCUGCUCCCCAGACAGGACCUCAGGCAGGGGCAUCCUUACUUGGAGGCUUAUUUGGUGGAUCUGCUCCCCAGGCUACUGGGUCUCAGACUGGAGGGUCUAUUUUGGGAGGGAUUUUUGGAGGAUCAGCAACUUCAACUACAGCACCUCAGAAUAGUGGGUCCUUCGGUGGAAUGUUUGGUGGGGCUGCAAACCAAACUUCAGCAUCCCCAAAUAGUUCUAUAUUGGGAGGUAUUUUGGGGGGAUUGUCUUCUCAAACACCUACUGCAAAGACUGGUGAAUCUCCUUCUGGUGGCAUUUUAGCUGGAGCUUCUGCUUCGAAUGAGAUACCUGAUAAAAGUUUAUUUUCAACGCUUGGAGGAUCUGUUCCACCUGCAACACGCACCCCAGCAGCUACACUAAAAUCUAAUGAUGACAACAAAACGUUAACUACAGCUCUUACCACUUCAGAUAUAACUGUUCUACCAAAACCCAGUGAUGAGAGUAAAACUGCUUCAGCUGUAGCUAGUCCGGAAACAUCUGUAGUCGAUACCGCUACCAAAAGCAAAGAGCAGGGAGAAGCACUACAGCAACCUGACAGUACAGUUCAGCAUCUUGAAACAAGCUUACCCAAAGCUGAUCCCAGUGUCAUAGAAGACGUUACUUGCCAACAUACUGGCAAGCCAAGUGUUUUGGCAAAUGAUAUUCAGUCUAAAGAAUCUGUCAUCUGUGCACAGGCACAACAACCUGCAAAACCAGAACUUGUGAGUGGUCAGUCAAGUCAUGAUACAAUCUCACCUAAAGUAGAACAGGAAACACCAGCAUCUCAGUCAACAAGUAAUGUGGUCCAGGGACAACAAAAGCCACUAGAGCCAGAGAAAUCUGUUGGUGACUCGUCAGCAGACACUGUUACAGGCUUUAUGUCUUCCCUUUUCAAACCAUCAGUUGCACCACCUGAAGGUCCUCAACAACAGCAGAAGAACUCACUUUUUGGACUGGGCGGAACAGCACCCCAAGCUGCUACUGGUCAGACUGGAGCAUCACUAUUGGGAGGUAUUUUUGGUGGGUCAAACACAGAGACAGCAGCUCCCCAGACAGGAGCAUCAUUACUGGGAGGCUUAUUCAAGGGGUCUGCUCCUCAGUCUGGUCCUCAAACCACCACCCCCACCACUGGAGGGUCAAUAUUAGGUGGAAUGUUUGGAGGAGGAUCCACUGCUAAAUCUGCAGGUCCCCAGACUGGAGGAUCAUUACUCGGCGGUAUGUUUGGAGGGGCUACGACAACAUCACAGCCUGGUGGUUCUUUACUUGGAGGAAUGUUUGGAGGAGUCUCUGCUCAGACUUCAGGACCACAGACUGGAGCAUCUAUACUUGGGGGCAUAGGCGGAUCUUUAUUUGGGGGUAUGGGACAACCAUCCAAGCCAUCUGAACCAAUGCCAGCAGAGCCCAAGCCAGGACCUGGCACUACUCCACAGCCACAGAUUAAGAAUGAAAGUGUGCCACCUAAAGUAUCUCCAUUUGGCACAGAGACUAGUACAAAUAAAAUUGUGGACUCAACCCUACCAGGUGACAAUCAAAAUCAAUCGAGCAGCCUAACAAGUAGUAGUGCUGUGGCAUCUGAGACAGCUUGUCUGGAAAUCUCUGCUGUCACAAGUGCUCCAAUAAGCACUUCUUGUGACCUCACCCAACAGGUAGAUAACACUGAAAAAGAACAGUCAGCUGUUGAGGGAGAGGUGAUACAUGAAAAGCCCAUUGUCAUUAAAGGAGACCCUGAGAGUGAAGAAAGUGACAAAUCAGUCCCACCUGAAACCCAAGAAGCCAAUACUAAUAUAGCUCCUCCAGUUAAUCAGUUGCCCAACAAUGCAGAACCCCCUCAAGCAAAAUCUCUGUUUGGUUUUAUAUCGACACAGAGUGAUGCAGGAAAAUCUCUUGGAUCCCUAUUUUCACCAACAAUGCCAACAGGUGGUCUGUCAAUGCCUCAAACAGAAGGGGGCAGUGGUCUGUUUUCAGGAUUAAAAACCCUUUCUGGUGGCCUAUUUCAAGAGGAAAAACCUGUUGCUGGAAAACAAGAGCCACCCACCACUUCAUUAUUUGGGACAAAAAUAAGUUUUCCUUGGCAGGCAGAGCCACCCAAGCCACAAGCAGUUAUAACAUCUCAACCCAAGACUAACAGCAAGCCACCAAGUGAUCAAACACAUACUGUACAAAAUGUUGCAACAUCUGAUGCUCAUAAAACUGAAUCGGUAGGUUCCACAGAUGAUAUAGCAAACUCCCAGAUUUGCAUAUCCACUCCUGAAGUAGAUCCUUCAGCAUCCCUGACCCCAAAGGAGAAGGAAAGGCUUGUAGAAACAACCCCCUCUGCAGGUCCUACCUCUGGAGUGCAGCUGGACAACCAAUCCAAGAUGGAUCUAUUGAAUGCAAAAAGUCCAGUGGAAAGUAGUCGCUUUGGGUCAUCAGGAAACCUGAGCCAGACGAGCUCCCACCUUAGUGAGACUGGCCAGGAGAGCACUGGCGGGUCAGAACUAGAGGAGUCCUUCCACUCCUACCACAGUACUGGCUUUCACCCCUCUGCCAAUGGGAAGACACGCACCAAUGGACAUCUUUCCACCAAUGGACACUCUUCUGUCGGUGAGCAGGAGAUACAUAGGUUGUCCCCUGAAGUAGGACAGGGCCUGAAAAAUGACACUCCAGUGGAGAGAGUGUCCUCUAAACUCCAAAGGUUCCACGAUGAUGGGCCGCCAUUACCCUUUUCCCCAUCCAGAGUUCGUUGGUUGAAGGCCAUCAAUAAAGUCAGGGUUCAGCUCCGGGAGGUUCGAGAUGAAGAACCCAAUGCUCGACAGGCCUGGGUCAAACCAGGUGGUGGAUCUGGUCUGUAUGGAAUUGACAGCAUGCCAGACCUGCGUAAAAAGAAGCCUAUCCCCUUGGUCAGCGAUGUGUCCCUUGUCCAAGCCAGGAAGGCGGGGAUCGCUUCUGCUAUGGCUGCACGGUCCUCAAUCAAGGAUGAGGAACUGAAAAACCAUGUGUACAAGAAGACCCUUCAGGCCCUCAUCUAUCCCAUAUCCUGCACUACACCACAUAACUUUGAGGUGUGGACUGCCACUACGCCCACAUACUGCUAUGAGUGUGAGGGGCUGCUGUGGGGAAUAGCCCGCCAAGGCAUGCGUUGCUCCGAGUGUGGGGUCAAGUGUCAUGAGAAGUGUCAAGAGCUGCUAAAUGCUGAUUGUCUACAGCGUGCUGCUGAGAAGAGCUCUAAGCAUGGAGCUGAAGACCGGACUCAGAAUAUUAUCAUGGCCAUGAAGGACAGGAUGAAGAUCAGGGAAAGGAACAAACCAGAAAUCUUUGAGCUUAUCAGGGAAGUAUAUGUCAUCAGCAAAGCCAUCCAUGCGCAGCAGAUGAAGACUAUCAAGCAGAGCGUACUGGACGGCACCUCAAAGUGGUCAGCCAAGAUCACCAUCACAGUCGUUUGUGCUCAAGGACUUCAGGCAAAGGACAAGACAGGAUCCAGUGAUCCAUAUGUCACUGUUCAGGUGGGCAAGACCAAGAAGAGAACCAAGACCAUUUAUGGCAACCUCAACCCUGUCUGGGAGGAGAAGUUCCACUUUGAGUGCCACAAUUCCUCAGACCGAAUUAAAGUACGUGUGUGGGACGAGGAUGAUGACAUCAAGUCGAGGGUGAAGCAGCGUCUGAAGAGGGAAUCUGAUGAUUUCCUGGGCCAGAGUAUAAUUGAAGUUCGAACACUGAGCGGAGAAAUGGAUGUCUGGUACAACCUUGAAAAGAGGACAGACAAGUCAGCUGUGUCAGGUGCCAUUCGCCUCCAAAUCAAUGUGGAGAUCAAAGGAGAGGAGAAAGUGGCUCCAUAUCAUGUGCAGUACACCUGUUUGCAUGAGAACCUGUUCCACCACUCCACUGACGUGCUGGGCCAAGGUGUGGUGAAAAUCCCAGAGGCACGUGGAGAUGAUGCGUGGAAAGUCUACUUUGACGAUGUGGGGCAAGAAAUAGUGGACGAGUUUGCAAUGCGCUAUGGGAUUGAGUCAAUCUACCAGGCCAUGACGCACUUUGCCUGUCUAUCGUCUAAGUACAUGUGUCCCGGGGUUCCUGCAGUGAUGAGCACCCUGCUGGCCAAUAUCAAUGCCUUCUACGCUCACACAACCGCCUCCACCAAUGUGUCCGCCUCCGACCGCUUUGCUGCCUCCAAUUUUGGGAAAGAACGCUUUGUGAAGCUUUUAGACCAGUUACACAACUCCUUGCGCAUUGACCUCUCAACCUACAGGAACCACUUUCCUGCCAGUAGCAAGGAACGCCUGCAGGAUUUGAAAUCCACCGUGGACCUUCUUACCAGCAUCACCUUCUUCAGAAUGAAGGUCCAGGAGCUACAGUCUCCGCCUAGAGCCAGCCAGGUGGUGAAGGACUGUGUCAAGGCCUGCCUCAACUCCACAUAUGAUUACAUCUUCAAUAAUUGCCACGAGCUGUAUAGCAGGCAGUACCAACCUGUUGACACAAACAAGGAGGAUCUCCCACUGGAGGAGCAGGGUCCGAGCAUCAAGAACUUGGACUUCUGGCCCAAACUCAUCAUGCUCAUUGUCUCCAUCAUUGAAGAGGACAGGAAUGCCUACACACCUGUGCUUAACCAAUUCCCUCAAGAACUGAAUGUAGGGAAGGUGUCGGCGGAGGUCAUGUGGACAUUGUUUGCUCAAGACAUGAAGUAUGCUAUGGAAGAACACGAGAAGCACAGACUGUGUAAGAGCACAGACUAUAUGAACCUGCACUUCAAGGUCAAGUGGCUCUACAAUGAAUAUGUCAAGGAGCUGCCAAAUGUUAAGGGUGUUGUUCCCGACUACCCAUCAUGGUUCCUACAAUUUGUGCUACAGUGGUUGGAAGAAAAUGAGGAUGUAUCUAUGGAGUUUAUGCAUGGAGCCCUAGAGAGAGACAAAAAAGACGGAUUCCAGCAGACGUCUGAGCAUGCUCUGUUCUCCUGCUCUGUGGUGGAUAUCUUCACCCAGCUCAACCAGAGCUUUGAGAUCAUUAAGAAACUGGAAUGUCCCGACCCUAACGUCAUGGCUCAGUACAGCCGCCGCUUCUCCAAGACUAUUGCCAAAGUUCUCCUGCAGUACAGCGCCAUUCUGACCAAGAGUUUUCCUUCUUAUAUCGACAAAGAGAAGAUUCCAUGUGUCCUGUUGAAUAAUGUGCAGCAGUUAAGAAUCCAGCUGGAGAAGAUGUUUGAGUCAAUGGGUGCCAAACAGAUGGACACAGAGGCCAGUGACUUACUGAACGACCUGCAGGUGAAGCUGAACAACGUGCUGGAUGAGCUCAGCAGCACAUUCGGGAACAGUUUCCAGAGCCGUAUCAAUGAAUGCAUGCGACAGAUGGCGUCUCUGCUGUACCAGAUCAAAGGACCGCUCAACGCCAACAACAAAAACCAGGUGGACGCCGACUCUGACAACAUGCUACGGCCACUCAUGGAUUUCCUGGAUGGAAGGCUGACACUGUUUGCCACCGUCUGUGAGAAGACUGUACUGAAACGUGUGCUCAAGGAGCUGUGGAGGAUUGUAAUGAGCAGCCUGGAGAAGACUAUUGUCCUGCCGCAGGGGAACGAUACCUUUGGUGCACAGAUUCUCUCAGCUGCAAAAGAACUGGGUCAGCUCUCCAAACUCAAGGAUCACAUGGCAGGGGAGGCUAAAAGCCUCUCUCCCAGGCAGUGCGCUGUCAUGGAUGUGGCACUGGACACUAUCAAGCAAUACUUCCAUGCAGGAGGCAACGGGCUGAAGAAGGCAUUCCUGGAGAAGAGUCCUGAGCUGUCCUCACUACGCCACGCUCUGUCCCUCUACACCCAGACAACAGACACGCUCAUCAAGACCUUUGUGACCACCCAACAUGCACAAGUGCACAAUGGAAAGGGUAUUCGGUUAACUCCCAAUGAAAAAAUACAGCCCAGCAGGGGUUCAGGCGUGGACAAGCCAAUAGGUGAGGUGGCUGUCCAGAUCGAACUGCACACUCAUCCUGGCAAUGGGGAGCGGAAAGUGUCCGUCAAAGUUGUGGGAGCCAAUGACCUAAAAUGGCAGACGUCCGGCAUGUUCCGACCCUUUGUGGAGAUCACCAUGUUCGGGCCUCACCUCAGCGACAAGAAACGCAAAUUCCAGACCAAAUCCAAGAAUAACAGCUGGUCUCCCAAGUUCAAUGAGAACUUCCAAUUUGUUCUGGGUAAACAGGAAGGCUUCGAGUGCUACGAGCUGCAGGUCUGUGUCAAAGACUACUGCUUCGGCCGCGCCGACAGAGUGGUCGGCUUGGCCGUGAUACAAUUGAGAGAAAUCACUGGGAAGGGCAACUGCGCCUGCUGGUGCCCACUCGGCCAGCGCAUCCAGAUGGACGACACAGGCCUCACCGCCAUGCGGAUCCUGUCCCAGCGCUCCAACGACGACGUGGCCAAGGAGUUCGUGAGGCUGAAAUCAGAGACUCGUUCGGCCGAAGAGGGCAGAUGAGGAGAGCUGGAGAUGGAGGGAGAAAGACUGAAAGGAUGGAAGGUUUCCUAAUUUAACAAAAGAGAAUGAUCUCAUGUCGAAAAGCAGGGAAUUAUUUUCCGUAGACGGCCAUAUGGACUCUGUUAGACCCUUGAUGUGUCUUAGCUGCUGUUGACUGUUUGGUGGCGCCUUGCCAAGCUCACCGACACACUGUCACGUUCACACUCUGGGUAUUUUGGACAAACACGCUUUUAGUGUUCCUCAAACACUCCCAUUAGUGUUUCUCAAACACUCCCAUUAUUUAACCGAGCUACUGUACAGCACACAACCACAGACACCGGCUCACUCAACCUUCACAUUCACCAGCUGUUUUACUUGCCAGUGACCACGUACUCAGUCAUUAAACCUUUUUUUUGUGUUUAUUCUUUUACCCGUCCUUGUCAGUGUGCACGCCAUAGCCUCAAGGGAACAGAGGAUGCCAGGCCCCGCUGGAGGGCCCAAACAAGUUCCCACACCUCCCCCAGUGUUGUUGUGCAAUAACCCCACCUAAACCCCUCAAACCGUGGCCGUGUGUUUGAUGCCUUACACUCUACAAACUGUGAAUGUGAAGUUAAAAAAAAAAAAGUCUUUUGAAUGCCCUGUUCGGUAGCUCCACUGUGAUGGUUUGAGUAAAUGUGAAAGUACUGUAUGGUUUAUCUAUGAAGGGGUCUUUUGUUUGAUGAAUGAAUAACGUUCUAGUUUUUUAAGUCUUGUCAAUUAUUGAAUAAAGUGGAAGUGAAGAUGAGGAAAAGAAGCUAAUUUUGUGUCACAAGAAGGUACUUAAUGAUGACCCAUAAUUUGACCCCUGAAUUUAAAGGAUUGUUCAAUUAAAUGUGUGCCUUGCCAUGUUACGUUUCCAUUCCUGUUCCCCCAGGAAUGACAGCAGUGAUUAGAUCAGUAAAUAAUAAAGAACAAAGAACAACAUGAUUAAAAUCAAAACCUCAUGAGAAACAACACCAACCAUGUGAACACUCAUUCUGGCCAUAUUCAUUUAGUAUCAGCUCCAUUAACAACUCUUAUCUUGUGUUGGCCUGGUGUAAACCAUAAUGGUGCAGCCAUUUUAUUUAUUUUUUAUACAUAUUUAUUUUGUUUUGUCUGUGCUUUUUCAAAGCCCACGAUUUAAAAUGUUGUUUACUGCCGAGAAACAGACAUGUGUUUGAAGAAUUUGCACAGAGGUUGCUGCUGCAGUGCUGUACACGUAAACUGCAGUUCAACUGAAGAGUUGCAUACCAAGAUACAUACCCUCUGAAUAAAGCGACAACCUAGUGUUUUUUAUUAAAUAAGCUGGCGACUUGUGUCCUCGACUUAAAAUAGUGAUAACCGUCUUUUAGAAUUGUUCUUUUGUAGUGAAGAAAUAUUACAUGUUGGAACUUUCAGGUAACAACUUUUUCUUCCAAAAAAAAUAUCUGAACAUUUGAACACGAGCUCCUCGGCUACUGAGUUGAUCAGGAGUGUAGAUUUACUCAUGGUUUACAUAUAUCUUCCUGCUCUGUUUUCUUCUACUCUUCCUAUGAGUGGCCUUACUUUGGUGAAAAAACAAACAAAAUGUCUUUUUAAAUCUUUUUUUUUUUUUUUUUAAUCCUUGUAUUUCCUUUGGCUCUCAGCAAUGAGGAUUGGCCACUUCUCUGCCCAUAAUGAUGUCAAAUCCAAGUGAUGUUCCUCAUCAUUUUGUACUUUUUAUCUUUGAUGAUAUUACAAACGUUGUAGCUAUAUCUAGGCUGGGUUUUCUUAGCAGUCUGUUAUAUUUUGUGUUCUGUUCCUUUCCGGUGUUUUGUAAAUGUUCAUCCUUAAUCCUCUUUAAUAGUUUGGAAUAAUAUCAAUCACUGUAUUGUAAGACAUGUUUCAGUUUUAUGGACAGGAGUCGUAUACAGCAAGACGUGUGCCAGUGAAUUUGUUCAUAACUGAACUGAAGAAUAUUAAAAUGUUACUCUUAAUGAAGGACAGAUAUUGCUAUAAUGUGAGAACCUCAAUGUGUGCACAUUUUUAAACUGAUCACACCCUGUAGAAAUCACAAAUUCACAUUCCUCUUUGUUACAGUUCAUUAUCCUUUUGUGAAUAAUUUUUGUUAUUGGUUUAUGAGGGCAAAUGUUUCAAAGCCAUUCUGUAAUAUACAUGUUCCUUGUGCCAAGUUGUUUUUUUUUUAUUUCUACAUUUUCUAAAUUUGUUAACCCUUGCACUAUCAUUAAGUCACUGCAAUAGUUAACAAGUACACUAUAUCAGUCACAGUAACUGAAUUUUUGUGGUGUUUUCUUUGUAUUGUCACUACUCUGAAAUGUUGUUGUCACCAUGUAAACAUUCCAAUUAAUGAAUUUUGCAUAAAGUAUUUGAGAAGUA